AUGAAGGCCAUGCUUUUGCUCCUCUUCAUCAUCUGGUUUGCAGAUGCAGAGCUGAAACCCAGGACAGGCUCUGCGGUGGUAUGCACUUUUAAAGACAAGACGUUCAGCCCAGGAGACAGCUGGCAUCCCUAUCUGGAGCCAUUUGGAUUUAUGUUCUGCAUGCGCUGCCUCUGCACUGAGAUAGGCCACGUGAAAUGUAACACAAUCAAGUGCCCGGCUCUGUCCUGUGAGAACCCAGUGGCUGUGCCUCAGCAGUGUUGUCCGAGGUGCACAGACGGGCCCAGGAUCCCUGCAGGCCUGAGAGCAUCAGUGAAGUCCUGCAGGCACAAUGGGAGUAUUUAUCAGCCGGGGGAGACCUUCACCAAGGUCGACCUUUUUCCAUCCAAGCAGAGCAACCAGUGUGCCAUGUGCUCGUGCUCCAAUGGAAACAUCUUCUGUGCUCUGAAAACGUGCCAACCAAUCACCUGUUCCUCUCCAGUGUCAGUUCCAGAUACCUGCUGUUUGGUGUGUAAAGAUCACAGCACCGGUGGGUCCUCAUCGACAGAGGAUGGAAACCAGCAGCUGAACAGAGGCGUCAGGCACUCAGUGGACCAGUGUCCUGCAGAGCCGAGCAAGGUGCGGUCGGACCGGGCCACUCCGCCCAGGGUCAGGACUUCUCCCAGAGGCCUGAGCCUGAGUAAGCUCAACCUCAAAGGGGCUUCGGGGACCACUGUGAAGAUUCUGUUGCAGAGGAAACAACAAAGAGCGUGUUUAUACAAUGGCAAGACGUACUCUCAUGGAGACAUGUGGCACCCAGUUUUGGGGAGGGUCCUGGAAUGCAUCCUGUGCACUUGUACUGAUGGCGUCCAGGACUGCAAACGCAUCACGUGUCCCAGCCAGUAUCCAUGCCAACAUCCCAUGAAGUCAGCGGGAAAGUGCUGCAAGAUUUGUCCAGAGACCAAAGCUGAAAGUAACCGCACCCUGUGUUAUCCUGGAUUUAAAAACAGCGUCUUGGUGUAUAAAGUCGAAUCAUCUCUGAGACUCGACUCGUCCAACACAGUCCGGAUCAUCGCUGCUGAGAGAAAACGAACGGAUGAAGUUGAAGUGCAAGCAUGGAAGACUGAUGGAGGUGUUUUGAAAAUAUUGGAUAUUGGGGACAGUCAAAGAAAACACAUCAUGGAUCAUCCCGAAAAUUACACAAUGCUCGCGACGCUCGAUGAAGACACAUGGAGUAAAUUUAAAGAGGAGCGAGGAAACCUGACGAAAGCUCCUCAGACCACGAUUUGUGGAGACGGGAUUCGGGAGGUGAUGACGUUCAUCAGCCCCACUCAGACUGAAGGCCUGUGUUCACCCUGA